UUCAUUUCACAUCAGUUUUCAUCUGUCGGAUAUAGGAGGAACGUGUGAGUGAGAUUGUUUGACUUUGUUAACUCGAUCUUGUAACUUUUAAAUAUAGUAAAAAGUUCAUGUUCCCAAAACUCUGGACAAUAUUAUUGCAUCUCGAAAAUGUGUAGUGAGUUAACUGUGAAAUAAUAUCACUAUCAGCAUUUCAUCUUUUCGAAGAAAUCUGAAAUUUGGAUUUCGCCGCUACUCGAUUUGGAUGUGAGUCGGGAUGUGGUGGGUUCUGGCGUUGGGUGUGGUGGCGAGCUUGUCGCGAGCCUCGUGUGCCGGCUACUGCUCCACCAACACCUUCCCCAUCAACACCACCUGGAUGCACUUCACCAAGGAGCCCGUCACCUACGAGUACGGCUUCCAGGACAAGUUCAAGAGCAUCCAUUGCUGCGUCAAAGGCUACAGAAGCAUAGAAUGGUUCAAGGACGGCGUGGCGUACCCGUGGUCGGCAGGGGUGUCCAACCUGAUCCUGUACCCCGAGGCCGCCAACCAGACGUUGUACACGAGGCGGGCAGCCCGCGCGGAUGCCGGAAACUACACCUGCCGGCUCAGCAACGAGACCCACAGCCAGACACACACUGUGCUACUUGAUGUCCUAGAAAAGCCGUCGGACGCGCCGAAAACAAUGUUCAUAUCGAAGGACCAGUGGGUGGAGGAGGGAACCAAGUGCAGGCUGUUCUGCGAAGCUCUCGUCGGUCGAUCCAACUUAGCGGACGCUCGCAGUGACCUCCGAUGGCGUAAGGUUUGGCCGAACGGAACUGAAGGAGAGCUAUUGUCGUCACAAACAGAAGAAAAAACUACAAGAGAGGAUGUGGAGGACAUCAUCGGGUCGUACGUGAGCUUCGAGCGCGUGUCCGCCCAGGACUACGGCACCUACGUGUGUGUGGUGCAUAGCAACGACGUGGUCUCCCGGAGCUACGUCACCGUGCAUUAUAAGAACGGCGAGUGGGGGUCGACGGCGUGGAGCGGCGGCGAGUCGCUGCAGUGGCGGGCGCUGCUGCUGGGCGGGGUAGCGGCGCUGUUGCUGAUGACGUCAGCGCUGAUGCUGCACCGGCGCUGCACGCCGCGCCUGCUGCUGGCGGCCCGCCACGCCCGUGCGCGGGCUGCCACCGCCGCGACCCGCGCGCGAGUGCUUCAGAAGGAGUUCGACGUGGCGGUGUGCUUCACAGCGGUGGACGGUGAACUGGUCCGCGGAGCUCUGCUGCCGACCCUGGCGCUCAAGUACAAGUACCGGGUGCACACGGUGCCGCUGUCCACGCAGCCAGACCACUGGUACCAGGAGGCCAGCCGUGAGUGUGGCCGCUGUCGCUCCGUGGUGGCGGUGCUGUCUCCGGCGCAGUACUCCCCGCACCAGCUCCUGGUGGCUCUCCGCCAGCUGCGCGCGCUGCCGCUACCGCCCGUCGUCGUGCUCCUGCAGGAUUUGCCUAAACUGAAGCGGGAGGCGAAGGAAUGCGGUGAACGGUUCGUGGAGAUGGUGCGCGGGUCGCGGCUGAUCCCGUGGCGCCACGUGCACGACCGCACCUUCUGGACCGCGCUGCGGCUGGCGCUGCCCCUCCCUCCCGCCUGUCUGCCGCAUCACAACGAUAAAACAGUUCCGGCAGAAUCUGAAGAAAGUAAAAACUGUCGUUCCGGGAGUCUCACGGCGCUAGUGUGAACAGUGACGUCACGGGACUGAAGUGAACAUCGUGUAUUAUAUAGUGAUAGGAUCUACUUAGUGUUUGACACUGAUACUUAAAACGAAGACUGUGGUUAUUUGUUAAGGUCCCUCCUCUGCCUCGUCGAGAUGCAGCUCGCUACGAAUUCUGAUUGCAGUUUUCUCAAGAUCUCAGUGUCUAUUACCAUAGUUUUACGAAUUUCCCACUUUCUAUAUCUCGUGCCAAAUGGAAAUUAUACAUGACAUUUAUUAUUAUCGCUCGGUUAUUCUUUAGUAUUUAUUUAAUUUAUGUAACGAAUUAUUAUUGGUGGACGAGAUGUUUUUUGGAAAUUGUUUAAUUUAUUUCUUAGUAUUAUUUCUUCUCAAAAUUGAGAAUCUGUCCAUUGUGAACUAUUUAGAUCUAAUUCUUUUUUGUUUUUUUUUUCUCUCGUGUACUGUGUAUUUCUUUAUAUGUAUGUUGUGGCAGUUAUUUGCAAAUAUCUGAUCGAUGUAUAUUUUAAAUCAUUUUAAUAGGUAAUACACAACUUUAGUAAAUUGUUUGAAAAUUGAUAUGAAUCUGUGAUAAAGGUAAAUGUUUUAUGAAUACAGAUUA